GGUCGCUGCUGCCUGGGGCGGCGCCAGCGCGAGGCAUGCGGCAUCCGCCUCUGCGCUGCAGGAGCGGCGCGGCCAUGAGGCCGUGGGUGCUGAGCUUCGGCCCGCCUCCUUCUCCUCCUCGCUCGGCGGCCGCGGCGGGCUCAGCUAGGCCCUUUGUUCUUUAGGGUCAGCGGCUCCCCACCCCUCUGCCGCGGCUGACUGCCUCAGGGCGACCGCUGGCGGCGCGGCCGUUGGGCGCCGCGUGGCGCUGCGCGAAGCGGCGGCGAGAGGAGGAGCAGCCGCCGCCCAGGAUGCGAUGGGGAACUGCUGGGCGCAGGGCUGCUGCGGGCUGCUCCUCCGCAGGGAAGCGGGCCGGCUCCAGCGAGGCGGAGGGUCAAAGUACUUUAGAACAUGUUCAACAGGAGAGCACUUCACUAUAGAGUUUGAGAACCUCGUGGAAAGUGAUGAGGGGGAAAGCCCAGGAAGCAGUCACAGACCUUUGACUGAGGAAGAAAUUGCUGAUUUGAAAGACAGGCAUUACGACUCCAUUGCUGAAAAGCAGAGAGCUGUUGAUAUAAAACUUCAGUCAGAGUUAGCCUUACAAGAGGAGAAGUUAAGAAUAGAAGAGGAGGCUUUAUAUGCUGCACAGCGUGAAGCAGCCAGGGCAGCAAAGCAGAAAAAGCUCUUGGAGCGUAGACAGCAAAGGAUAACACAGAGAGCACAUCCUGUUAAUAAUGGAGACUAUCAAAGCUCAGUGACGGAGGAAGAUUUUGAUUCUUUCUUAAGAAAUACAAAAUUCCAGUACGAAGCUUUUCGAAGUAGCAGACUUUCAUCGGAUGCUACUGUGUUGACACCAAACACAGAGAGCAGUUGUGACUUAAUGACCAAAACAAAAUCAACGAGUGGAAAUGAUGACAGCACUUCAUUAGAUUUAGAGUGGGAAGAUGAAGAAGGCAUGAACAGAAUGAUUCCAAUGAGAGAACGCUCAAAAACGGAAGAAGACAUACUCCGGGCAGCGCUGAGAUUUAAUAGCAAGAAGACAGGAAGUAAUCCUGCUUCAGCCUCUGAUGAUUCUAACGGAUUGGAGUGGGAGAAUGACUUUGUUAGCGCUGAAAUGGAUGAUAAUGGCAAUUCAGAAUAUGCUGGAUUUGUAAAUCCUGUAUUAGAUUUGUCUACAUCAGAUGUAAGGACAUCUGAUUCUGAUCAACAGGACAGGUAGUGAAACUGUGGCCCUUGUUUAUGACCAAAUGUUUAAAAGUGAAAUAGAAUGUACAAAAACAUAUUGCUCUUUUAUAACACUGUUCCCUUCUUAUAAAUUGAUCAGCAAGGAAUGGGAAAGACUUGCUAUCUGAAUUAAUUCAGAAUUAAGUGCAAUUUUAUCAUCUACCUUCUAAACUUGUGUGAAAACUGGGAUGAUUCUAUUGUGUAUAUUUCUGGAUAUCUGGAUUUAAUAUAAAAUUAUCUGCACUAAUUUAAGCUUCGUAGCUUGGCAUAUCUAUACUUUAACUAGGCUUUUUUUCUGGAUGAUGUUUCUACUGAUUUGUUUUUAAAACUCAUCAUUGGCCUGACACUCAUCUGAGAAAGUCUUAUAUAAUUUAUCUAAUACUUGAAUAUAAAAAAAUAUUUUUAAAAUCUGUCUUUAUUUCCGAGAUGUGCUCUUUGAUGCGGUGUUCAGCGAUUUAGAGGGUGUAAUUAGCCAGUUGUUGAAAAAAAAAAAAAAAAUCACACAAAUUGCAGUUUUCCCUGUCUUAUAUUCCUUCUAGCCUUGUGCGUUCCUUUUACCAUUUCCUUUAUUUUUUUCAUUAUUAUUUUAUGCUAAGCACAAUUAACCUCAAUAAACACAGUACGAAUCAUCAGGUUAGGUAAAAUAUUGUCUUGUGUUAUAAUGCCAGACGUAGUCAGUGUGUGCCUAGACAGAGCGGGGAAAAAAUAUAUAAAAAUGAUUUGUUUUAAACUGAAAUAACCCAUUAUCUGCUUGGUAACUGGGAGGACCAAAGUUUUGAUUUCCACUCCCCUGUCACCCCAUUCCCUUAAAGGUCAACGUCUGCUACUACAUGGUCUUUAAAAUUCUUAAGUUAUGGAUGACUUGUAUUUCAGCCUAACAAGAACAAUUGUUGAAAAACAACAUUCUCUGAGUGAACUGGGAGACUGAAUUUCUCUACAAAAUAGUGUAGUUAAGUGCUCUAGCUUUCCUGUGCCUCUAAACUAAAUGGUUAAUACUGCUAACGUGGGCUGAAAUUUAAGCAGGUGUUCAGCUACUGCAGAUCUAAUGUGUUGUGUGGUCUCCUCCGUGUUUUUAAUAGAAGUUAUUCUUUAAGAGGGGAAAAAAAAAAGUAAUCUUCACUGAAGAGAACAUGCAAAACAAUUGUAAAUCUCGAGCUUGCCCCAACAUUUCAGUGAAGCCACACUAGUCUACUGUUACUUUGUCUAGCUGUCUGUUUUUUUUUUCCCCCUGAGAAAAAGAGAGUGGGGUUUAACUUCACUGUUGUGGAAUAAAAGUAGUACCCUGUUACACAGGAAAAGCUGCAUCACUGGAACAACUGAAUUUGUUGGUACGAGUUGCAUAACUGUUUUAGAUUGUCUGAGCCCAUGUAUAAUGUUAGGAUUGCUACAACGUGGUCCUCUUCUUGACAACUUAAAAAAUCCUGCACACUUGGAUUAAAUAUGUACGUAUAUCAACACUGACAAAGAUAAAAAUCUUUCGUUGGUAACAUUCCAUUUCUUAAUUUAAAUUGUAGCUAUGUCACUGAAAAUAUUUUAAGGUAAUAUCUGCAUUUGCAAUGCCUGUAAUAUGCUUUAAAAAUUUGUACACAUCAAAUGUAUAUUUUUGGUUUGGCAUAAGCUACUACUGUAUAACUUCUGAUGUUUAUUCGUAUAAUAUAUUCUUACUGUAAUGAAAGCAACUUUCUCACCAUGUAAAUAACACUUUUUUAACCUGCUGAAACUGUAACUUACCCUUUCCUGAUCAGUGAACGUGAGAUUGACUUGUCCUGACCAUGCUUCAAGGAAGUAAGCUAUAGUCCUGCUUGUAGAAUGAGCAGGCAUUUGGCAAAAAAAAGAAGCUGCAUCUCUAAGCGAAGGUCUGUACUGUGAUGUGCGUGUUCCGUAGACAUGGUUACUAGCAUUCUGCUUUUCAGAGUUAAGCAAGUCACAGAGUGACUUUAGAAAUUACACUCAGUAUUUGUGGAAAUGUAAGAAAUGGGAAAAAGUGGUGUAAACAGCUUACAUGAAACAACACAACAGUACUGUAAAAUACGUAUCGCUGUGCAAACUUUAAUUAAAAUUUUCAGUCAGUCUUACAUUUAA